GGCUUUCCCGCCAAGAAAACUGCAGCAAAACCCUCCCGCUUACAAAAAGGCCUCUGGUCGAUCUGGUUACAAGGCGGCAACUCAAAUCUCAAUCGCACUCUCCGAAGACCUUCUGCCGAAAACUAGGUGACAUUUCAAUCCCUUCAACUAUGAACUAUCUUGCUACUUUUAUGCAACAUUUAUAUAUAUCACUCAGGAUCCUGUGAGGGAGAGAAGAGAGAGAGAAGGAGGUACGAAGAAGAAGAAGAACAAACGGCAGACGACGAACGAACGAUCGAUCUCGACGGACGACGACCCACGAACGACAGACAACACCAAGGAUAUGGAUACAUCAAACCCUGCUGUUUUUGUAAAUGCGGAAUUGCUGCACACAUAUAUGGGACGUAAGGUUCGGACUGUCAUCCAGGUUAUGAGUUCUGAUGGUGGUACUGUCAUUGGAAAAUCUACAGAUGAAAAACAGUUGGUUGUGAAAGGCUCACCACCCGUUCCUCUCACUACUUACGUUGAGGUGAUUGGUAUUGCUGACAGUAAUCAGUCCAUUCGUGCUGAAAUUUGGAACAACUUUGGUGAUACAUUUGACAUGUACAACUACAAUCAGCUUUGCAUACUUGCGAACGGCGAAUACAAGCACUUGUUCAUCUGAGGAAAUACAACUAGCAUUCCUUAGCUUUGUUAUGCUAGAAGUCAGUAACGUACAUACUCAUGAAACAAGUCAUCACCUACUUUCUGGAAUGAUGUUAGGACUUGUGUGUUACUGAGUUCAGAUAUUCUGGUGAUUUACUAGUGAAGUUUGGAUGGUGUUUCUGGAUCACCCUUGUUUUCUUAAAUGCAAGAAGUCCUAUUAUGGUGA